AUGGCACAAGAGAAAAGGACAACCAAAUCUAAAUCAAAAAAAUCCGAAUACUUUUUAGAUAAUGAUGAAGCGUCGUCAAGUAGUACAGUCGAAAAAAAGUUGAAAAGUACCAUUACGGAAGACUUAAAAAAAAAAUUUAUUUUUAAAGCUCAUGAAAGAAGAAAGACUGGAGAAGUGCAGUUAGAAGAACGUUCUAUCAUUUACACCGUUGAUGACAUUAUUCAAAAAACAAAGAAAGAUAAUAAUGAGCUCAUGAGUCUUCUUAGUGAUUUAAAUCUUAUUGAAGUUGGAAAAGAUGAGAUUGUCGUCAAUUUUGAAGAAUCAAAGAUUAUUAAUCUACCAAAAUUAAGCGAAAACCAAUUUCAAAAUCGAUUCCACAUUAGAGAAGGAAAACUAUCUUUCAUUUGUAGAAGAAAUUGUGUUGAACUUUUUGAAAAAGUUAUAGAAUCAAUUGACGAAAAUAAUGAAUCUAGAGAUAAUUUAGACGAAAAACUUAAACUAAUAGAAACAGAUCAUUCUGCAUGGGUCAACAACAUUCCGACUUUACUUAAAACAUUUGGUCUUGUUAUUGUUUCUGCAUCUGCUAAUAAUGAAGCAUAUCCUAAUGAAUUCAAAUCGUGGGAAGAUUACUCUAUAUGUGGUGGUUAUAACUAUGAAGAGUUCGAGGAAUGGUGCAAAAUGCGUAAUUAUAAAGUAAAUGAAAAUCCAAAAAUUAAGUCACAAUUGGAUUUUAUAAGGUUUUGGACUAAUUCCUAUCCUUUGGAGUUGGAUUUAUGGCAUAAGACAGAUGGAUACGAUUUAGAGGAGAAGACCUCAAAUUAUUUGAAGAAGCGAGGACAUGAAAUAAAAUUGAGUCAUCAAAUAUUUCAAAAAAGCUUGUCACCACGUGAAUUGGAAAGCCUAAAUGAGUGUGUUAUCUCCAUGAUUUUUAAAAGUACUAAACCUAGUAUGAUUUUUGGCAUGAAUCGUCAAUUUAUGUAUGAAACAUGUGUUUUUGACAAAGAAGAGGAUGAGAAUACAAAAAGAGAUAUAAUUACCGCUAUUCAUCCUCUUGCUCAACAAGCAAUAAUUGAUGCUCAUUCCAAUCAUCCUUUAAACGAAUUGAGAGAUUUCGUAUCAACUGUUUUUAAUAAUAGAGUAUUCAAAUGA